GGGCGCCAUUUUGGCUCAAACGAGUGAAAUAUUUUAUCCCUCACCAAAGUGUUUUAACAUAAUUUCCUAAAUGUAUAUUCACAUUGUCGCCUUAUGACUGCACUGUUUUUUUUAAGUGUUGACGUUUAAUGCGAGCGUAGCUUCGUUUCUCCCAGCUCCACUAGCUGACAGUAAUGCCAGAGAGUCCCUGUUGAUCGGCCAGUCGUCGGUAGUUUUAAAGUGUCAUCAUCAUCAUCGGUCAUGGGGGGCUGCUCCGCUCCCAACUGCUCCAACUCCACCAGCAUAGGCAAGCAGCUGUUCAGGUUCCCCAAAGACCCGGCUCGCAAGCAGAAGUGGGUGGUGAACUGUCGACGGGACUUUGAGCCAACUCCUCACUCCAGACUCUGCCAAGAUCAUUUUGAGCAGAGCCAGUUUGAGGAGAUAGCCAGGUCUCCAGCUGGAGGGAAGAAGCUCAAACCCAAUGCCAUCCCGACCCUGUUCAGUGUUGGGGAUCCUCCAUAUCCAGCCCUGACCUCCCCCUACAUCAUCCUGCCCAUGAAACCAGAGCCAGAAAAGGAGCUGAGUUUUGGGGAUCAUGGCUAUGCCAGACGCACCCCUCUGCCCGGCCUGGAGGAAGAGGAAUCGGAGGGGAUGUCUGAAGACCCGUACCCGUGCACACGGUGUCACCUCCUUAAGAAACAGCUGGAGCAGGAGACGCAGCACACUGCCAGACUGCAGAGGGAGGUAGAAGAGAUGAAGAAGCGUCUGUAUCGGCUCGAUCGGAUCGAGAAAGGGCUUCAGAACUUCCUGUACGAGGACCAGAUCAGGGCUCUGUCUCUCAGCAAGCGCUCGCGUCGCGCCGUCUGGUCCCCAGAGACGAUCCUGAAGGCCCGAAAGAUCCGCUGUGCCGUUGGAACCAAAGGCUACGAGUACCUGAGAGAGAUCGGCUACCCUUUGCCCUCCUACAGGACUCUGUGCAAUCGCCUGGAGACGAAGAUCAUGGUGACCACUGACAUGAGCUGUGAGGAGCUGGCGGAGCUCAGCCUGGGCCUCAUGGCCACGUGUGACAGUCCCACAGAAGGUGUGGGAGACAACGAUGAGGAGGAACUCAUAGGCGUCUUGUCCUGAUCCCGGGAGAGUGCGCACAUUUCCACACCGUAGCUAGAGGUUGACUGAGUAAAGGAUUUGCUGACUUGUCACCUGGUUGUGGUUGCAAUCUACAUCCGAUACGGGCCUUUGCUGGGGUGGUGCUCUCGGCUGCAUCCAGCCUGGGUUUACGCUGCAGGGGAAACCUGAACUGUUACAUGAGCUUGAAGUUCUGAUGAGCAUGUGCACCAUGACGCUCGCCCCGGUAGAGAUUGUAAAUAGGUGUUGCGUGGACAAAUAGUUUCCUCAAAUCCUUGUUCGUUUGCUGCUUGCGUUCUCGAUUUUAUAAUUAAAUGGAAGAUUUAGGAUAUUAGGAUCUGCGUUGUAAUUGAGAAUACAUGUACAAUUUAUAACUCUUAAGAAACGCUUUCAACAAAAUUGGAUUCCUGAUCCAUUUUCUUGUCACCUUUGCACAUAUUAGCCCUUUCUCUUAUCAGGAAUCUUUUAAUGGAUAAAUGAAAUGAAAUCCUCUCUUGAUUACAACUAGUGAUGCACGGAAAUGAAAAUUUGUGGCGGAAACCGAAAAUUAUAAUAAACACUUGGCCGAAUACCGAACAAUGGUUCUUCGCAGUUUUUCAUUUAUUUUGCCAAUUUUUUCACCAUUGCAUUAAUCAAAUAAAUGUGCAGUGAAAUACCCGCCAGUAACAAUUUGACUUACUGUACUUAUUGUAUUUUUUCUCAUAAUCCUUUUUCAUUUUCUCCCGUUCAAGUCCAGUUAAUCGGGCCGUGGUGGGGCGGGGCUGAUAUCCGCAAUUUGAAGCCUUGUAUAAUAGUUGUAAAAAUCUGGGUUAUUUUCUUGGAGGAUCUCGUCAUAUCAGACGGUGAGGGUUCGUUCACCGCAUCGGUAGUACGGGCCCUUUUCUCUGCGCGGUGCGUCCCGCCACCGUCUCCAUCACCAAGCAGCUUUCCCAAAUCCAACUCAUCUGGAUCAUUUCUCGUGUCCUCUGCUUUUUCCCCACAUCCAAGUAAUGAUCUGACAUGCUGACAUGUUUGCUGCAUUAACACCGCUCGCCCCUCACUCCACGCUGUUCGCUGUUUGAUUGCGUCAUC